AAAAAACCCACCCAAACCCUGCAAAAUCUUUUUUUCCCUCGGGAGCCGCUCCGGCAGAGGUGGAGGGGGGGGUAGGGUGGGGGAAGGGUGAAGAGAGCUGAGAAGUCAGCACAGACGCUCAAGAAUUUUCCUUCCUCCUCUCCUGAAGUUACAACGAAAAAUAACGACAGUCAGAUCAGCCGGCGGCUCUCUGGCGUCUCAGCUUCAACCUCCUCCGACCAAGAGGGGGUUCCUUGUCUUGGGGGGAGGAGGCGAGAAGCAAGAGGACGCGACCAGGCGAGAUCCCCGUAGACCGGGGCCGCCUCUCUCGGCUUCCGAAGCUGCGCGCGGCGCCCCGGGGGCUCCUUCUCGCGGCCGGCGGGCGGCGGCAGCGGCUGCGAUUCGCAGGCUCGAGAUCCGUUGCCCCGAGAUCCGCUGCCCGCGACUUACCUCCUGGCACCUCGAAGCACGAGGGUCAGGGGAGCUUUGCAAAGAGCAGGAGAGAGUGGAUGCGAGGAGGUGGCGAUCCGAGCACCAGCCGGCGCUUCAGCCCCCCCUCCAGCAGCCUGCAGCCCGGCAAGAUGAGCGACGUGAGCCCGGUGGUAGCUGCGCAGCAGCAGCAGCAACAGCAGCAGCAGCAGCAGCAGCAGCAGCAACAACAGCAGCAGCAGCAGCAGCAGCAGCAGGAGGCGGCGGCGGCGGCGGCGGCGGCGGCGGCCGCGGCUGCGGCCGCGGUGCCCCGGUUGCGGCCGCCGCACGACAACCGCACCAUGGUGGAGAUCAUCGCUGACCACCCGGCUGAACUCGUCCGCACCGACAGCCCCAAUUUCCUGUGCUCCGUGCUGCCCUCGCACUGGCGUUGCAACAAGACCCUGCCCGUGGCCUUCAAGGUGGUAGCCCUCGGAGAGGUACCAGAUGGGACUGUGGUUACCGUCAUGGCGGGUAAUGAUGAAAAUUAUUCUGCUGAGCUCCGAAAUGCCUCUGCUGUUAUGAAAAACCAAGUAGCAAGGUUCAACGAUCUAAGAUUUGUGGGCCGGAGUGGACGAGGCAAGAGUUUCACCUUGACCAUAACUGUCUUCACAAAUCCUCCUCAAGUUGCCACGUACCACAGAGCUAUUAAAGUUACAGUGGAUGGACCCCGGGAACCCAGAAGGCACAGACAGAAGCUUGAUGACUCUAAACCUAGUUUGUUCUCUGACCGCCUCAGUGAUUUAGGGCGCAUUCCUCAUCCCAGUAUGAGAGUAGGUGUCCCGCCUCAGAACCCACGGCCCUCCCUGAACUCUGCACCAAGUCCUUUUAAUCCACAAGGACAGAGUCAGAUUACAGAUCCCAGGCAGACGCAGUCUUCCCCGCCAUGGUCCUACGACCAGUCCUACCCCUCGUACCUGAGCCAGAUGACUCCCCCGUCCAUUCACUCCACCACCCCGCUGUCCUCCACCCGGGGCACCGGGCUGCCUGCCAUCACCGACGUGCCCAGGCGCAUUUCAGAUGAUGACACUGCCACCUCUGACUUCUGCCUCUGGCCUUCCACUCUCAGUAAGAAGAGCCAGGCAGGUGCUUCAGAACUGGGCCCUUUUUCAGACCCCAGGCAGUUCUCAAGCAUUUCAUCCCUCACUGAGAGCCGCUUCUCCAACCCACGAAUGCACUAUCCAGCCACCUUUACUUAUACCCCGCCAGUCACCUCAGGCAUGUCCCUCGGUAUGUCCGCCACCACUCACUACCACACCUACCUGCCACCACCCUACCCCGGCUCCUCCCAAAGCCAGAGCGGACCCUUCCAGACCAGCAGCACUCCAUAUCUCUACUAUGGCACCUCGUCAGGAUCCUAUCAGUUCCCCAUGGUGCCCGGGGGAGACCGGUCUCCUUCCAGAAUGCUACCGCCGUGCACCACCACCUCGAACGGCAGCACGCUCUUAAACCCAAACCUGCCUAACCAGAACGAGGGCGUUGACGCCGACGGAAGCCACAGCAGUUCCCCCACCGUUUUGAAUUCUAGUGGCAGAAUGGAUGAAUCUGUUUGGCGACCCUAUUGAAACUUCCUCAGCAGGGGCCCAGCGGUCUCUGGGAGCCACACCCCAAAUGUAUCAACAUAUACAUAUAUAGAGAGUGCAUAUAUAUGUAUAUCAACUAGCCUAUCUACAAAGUGCCUAUUUUUUAGAAGGUUUUUUUUUUUUCUUGGCAUUCACUCACUCUGUCAUGAUCUUGCAACCCUCAGAGGGUAGCUCUCGAGAAGCAAGAGGCCCAGCAGAGACGAUCCUAAUCAGAUUUCAGAUCAUUCUCUAUUUAAACACGUACCUUUGCAA